GUUCUGUCCCCACCUCCCUCAAGUGGACCCACCAGUGCCUUACAGACCAGGCCAAGCCACGCCUUCGGCUUUCCUCCUAACUUAGAGACCCCAAACUUUAAGAUGCCCCGAGCCGCCCUCCAGCACUGAUCUGCGGAGGCUUCUGGGAGGCCUGUCUCCCGGAGGCCUCCAACCUCAUGCUGCCACCUCCCAGGUUCCCCAUCCUUCUGCAGAAGCUGCCUCCCCGUAUCACUGGGGCUUCACUUCGGGGUGUUAGUGAGGCCAGCUGGUGGGUGGGUAGUAGUUUCUCCCACGGGGUAAGGAAUAACCAGAGGGUGCCACUGUGAACCCACCGGUGGAGAAGGAGUCCCCAAACCGGCGGUGACCUCAGGCCUCAGCUGCCACUGCUUCCCACAGGGUGUGGGCAUCACCCCCAACCAUGCGUCGGCCCCUCUGGACUUUGUUGCUGGUGUCACUGGUUGGCGUUUCUUAACAGCUUUACGGAAGUAUAAUUUUCACUGCUGUGAAAUUCGCUCAUUUUAAAGGCAUGAUUCACUGACUUGUAGUAACCGUAAGAAGUUGUGCAACAUCGCUACAAUGUCCUUUGAGAGUAUUUCCAUCACCCCCCGAAAAAGAAACCUGGUAUCCCACUUGCCAUCAGAUCCUGUUCCCACCCCCAGCCCCAGGCUCCCGCCGUUUCCUCUCUGCCUCUGGAGAUUUUGCCGUUUCUGGACAUCUCAUAUAAAUGGAAGCACAUUCCGCGUGUGGAUGCCUGUUUUUUAUAUCCUGGCAGAGGCGCGAGGAGACGGUGCCCACUCACUGAUACGCCCACCUUUCCACAGCCGGCCGAGGCCACGUCCUGGGUGUGUUUUCUUAGAGCUGGGAGAUCUCCUGGAGACACUGAGUGCCAUCUUUAGUCUAGUGCAGGAAGGAAAUCCUGUGUGCCCAACCUUACACGAGGACCCUCUGACAUCUGCUUGAAUACGCGGGGCGACAGCCAGCUCGCUAACCCCGGGACUAAAAGAAACUUGCUUGUCCUGAUCACUUGGACGAGCUGGGCCAAUAAAAGAACACACCAGAACCCCUCCGACCGGAGACUCUGACCUGCUGACGCCGAAAGACCUGCCCAGGUGACAAGUAGAACACCAUGGAAGGCGACUGUCUGAGCUGCAUGAAGUAUCUGAUGUUUGUUUUCAAUUUCUUCAUAUUUCUGGGUGGGGCCUGCCUGCUGGGCAUCGGCAUCUGGGUCAUGGUGGACCCCACUGGCUUCCGGGAGAUCGUGGCCGCCAACCCCCUGCUAAUCACGGGCGCCUACAUCCUCCUGGCCAUGGGGGGCCUGCUUUUUCUGCUCGGCUUCCUGGGCUGCUGCGGGGCCGUCCGCGAGAACAAAUGUCUGCUGCUGUUUUUCUUCCUGUUCAUCCUCAUCAUCUUCUUGGCGGAGCUCUCGGCGGCCAUCCUGGCCUUCAUCUUCAGGGAAAACCUCACCCGAGAGUUCUUCACCAAGGAGCUCACCAAGCACUACCAGGGCAACAACGACACAGACGUCUUCUCUGCCACCUGGAACUCCGUCAUGAUCACGUUUGGUUGCUGUGGGGUCAACGGGCCUGAAGAUUUCAGGUUCGCAUCGGUUUUCCGACUGCUGACUUUGGACAGUGCCGAGGUCCCGGAGGCCUGCUGCCGGAGAGAGCCCCAGACUCGGGACGGGGUCCUGCUGAGCAGGGAGGAGUGCCUUCUGGGAAGAGACCUGUUCCUGAACAAGCAGGGCUGUUACACCGUGAUCCUCAACACCUUUGAAACCUACGUCUACCUGGCUGGAGCCCUCGCCAUAGGGGUGCUGGCCAUAGAGCUUUUCGCCAUGAUCUUUGCCAUGUGUCUCUUCCGGGGCAUCCAGUAGAGGGCGUGACCUGAAGCCUCACCCGCCACCACUGCCCGGCACCCAACACCCUCCCCUCCCCGGUGCCCCCAGGGGAGGAGGCGAAGCCAUCCUGAGUGGCCAGAGGAAGGGGCAGAGGAAAAUAGCUAUUUUUUUAACAAAACAAAAUGAAGACAAGAAAAUGGACUGACGUACCCCGCCUGGACUCCGGGCUCUCUGCGAGGGCCCCGGCGCUUGAACCCAGGGAGCACUCUGGACUAGAGACCAAAGGAACCCCAAGCCCAGGUUCCCUCCUCAGCCCCGCCAGCCCCUAGCAGCCCCGGGCCUGGGCCAUCUCCUCAGCUCCAGGUGCCAAGAACGGGAGGAUCGAGGCAACAAGGAGGCAAAAGCAACCCUCAGAUCGACAAAGCCCAGGGGCCCCCUGGGAGACUCGGGCACCGUGUCCCCGAGGACUUGGAACCUACACUGAAGCCCUGGUCUUCUGAGGAUGGAGUCGCCCCUGCCUCGGGCUGGGGCCAAGAGUGGGCUACAGACGCUGGAUCUGAAAAUGGCCUAGCUGGCAGGGUCCUCGCUUCCCCCAUCUGUUGGAUCAAAUAAUCCGGAAAGCCCAGAGAGGGGCAGUUUGUCGUUCACAGUCACACAGCACGUGCGUGACAAUUGUGAACUGGAACCCACUCAUCCCUAGGCUGCCUCUCACCGCUUCCAGGGCUGUGUCAGUCUCAGCGUCCUGGUUUCCCGAGAGAGAGAGAGAGCAGGCUGGUCAGGAACUUCCCAGGCCCACAAAUGAGAAAAUUACGGACUAUUGCCCCUGCUCUCCUCCCCCCCCCCACCCAUACUUCUUUCUAAGCCUGCAGGGACACACACACACACACACACACACACACACACACACACACUACCGUCCCUUUGCCGCACUGCCCGCCUCUGCUCACAAGCCUAACCCCUUCCCUGUUCACCAACUCUGUGGUUCCCCGGCUGGAAGGAACCCCCAGGAUCGUCUGGUUCCCCUCUCCCCACCCAGAACUGAGGCUUGGACGUCUUCCACAAGCUCUCUGCCAAGACUUUGCCACCGUCUUCUUGCAUACCUCCAAGGACGGGGAGCUUACUACCUCCCAAGACAGCCUUCUGCCUUUGGACUGCUCUGCCUUUUUAGCAUCAGCUCACUGCACGUUAGGGUUCUCUGUUUCUCUUUGGUUGCAUCCAUGGCAUCCCACGUUCUCUUUCUCCUUCCCAAAGUGUUAAGGCCACACAUCGUCUCCCCCCAGACGCGUUUUCUGCAGGCUACAGAGCUCCAAGACAUCUCGUUCCAGCUGUGACAUGCUUUCCUGUCCCUUCUCUGUCCGUAGCGCAUUUCCGUGUGUUUCUUCCAGGCUUGGGCAGGGAGAGGUUGUCCCCUAGACUCACUCACGCCUACACAGCGCCCACCGAUCAGUUCCUCACAUACAGGCCUUACAUCCAUCCUAGACCGCUGUAGGCGACUGUAUUACAAGAUCCCUCGACCCCAGUGAAUCAGGAGUGACCGCCGGAGGCUGGUCAGAGGAUCUGAGGUUUGGCCUGGGGUCCGAGGGAAAGGACAGCGUAAUCCUAGUUGGUUGGUAAUCAACUUACGCUUGAUUAGUGAUGUCUGCCGCGGGCUUGGCAAGGGGAGGGGCGGCGUGGCGCCUGACCUCCUCUCCACGUCCCUCUUCAGGGUCUGGGAAGGGCCUGUUCUGACUCCCAGGCCCUGCGUCAGCUUCCAGCCUUCCUUCCAGCCAGUGGGAGAGACACAGCUGUGGCCUGGAGCCCUGUGCUUCUCUGCUCUGCCACCUGCCCCCUUCAGAGAUGCAGCCCCAGUUCUGUGCCUGCUGUAGAGAUUGGCUUUGACCCUCCUCUUGUCUCUCCCCUUCCCCCUCCCACCCUCCUGCUGUCCCCUCUCGUCCCAGGUCCCCCUCGUGGUCUCCAAGCUGGGGCUUGCCAUAGAGUCCCUGUAGCAGCCUGUCCUGGGCUCCCUAGCGAUGGGCGUCCCCGGGACCCUGCAGCUGGAACCCCAGCCCAGCCCGAGAGGGGCCUUGGGCAUGCCCCUCUCCAGCCCCGCCCACCCACGUGCUUAGCUCCAGCAGAGGCAAAUGGCCUAAGGUUGACAAAAACAGCUGGCUGGGCGGGACUCGGGGUCUGACUGGGCAACUGUGUGGCUCCAGGCCAGGGGCAUCCCAGACUUUCGGGUCCGCAGCGCCCAGGAGAAUCCGGGGCCUUGAAGGUAAGGAGGGCCUGGCAUCUAUCUGGCACUCACCCCCCUCCCCCUGUCUAGUCCAUCCCCUCAGGGGGAGGAAGGGUGGGUCCUGGAGGAAUAUCUGGCUGAGGCAGGUUCAAGGGUGCAUAUGAGACUCAUCCCUAACGGCUUUCCAGAAGGGGGCCAAGGAGCCCCUUACCUGGCGACUGCCCACACUGGGGCCGGAAAGAGAAAGCAGGCGGUCCGUAGCAUUGACCCAGGCUGGUCUUUAUUUGCAAGGCUGCCUGCAGCCAUUCUGAAGCAUGAAAAAGCAAGGUCUGUGCCAGUCUGGCUCGACCGAGCCUUUCCCAGGCACCGAGGUCUAACUGGGCUGGUCCACGUACGGCCGAUAAACAACCCUACCCUGUUGGUCACACACACCCCAGACUGAAAGCCACCUUCCGGCUCCGAAGCUGCCGCCUCUUAGAAAAGGGAACCCAUCUGAGGGGUUACGAAGCUCUCGUCCCUCCUUUCCGCACCUAAGGGACCCGGCCAGGAUACCCCAAACCAGCUGAGGCCCCGGCACCCCCAUCUCCCAGAAGCCCCCUCUUCCCUUUCCCCACGGGUCCCGUGUCGAAAGUCUAUUUUGAAACCUGUAAAUGUUCCUUCCAGUAGAUAGCAGAGCUAAUUUAUCAUGUUUAUUUCCUGUGAACCCCCCCCCUUUUAUAUUCUAUAUCAAGAGGAGUUUUUGUAAUAUAAAACAGGACGCCCACACUGA